AGUAACCCAGAUCAGAGUUUGUUCCUCAGCAGCAGUGACUGAUACAGAUACUGUUGUCAGGGAAUGACAGAAAAUCAAACAUGGGUCACAGAAUUCAUUCUCCUGGGAUUCCCACUCAGCCCACUGACUCAGGUAUUCCUCUUCGGGCUCUUCUCCCUGUUCUAUGCCUUCACCCUGCUGGGGAACAGCACCAUCCUGGGGCUCAUCUGGCUGGAUUCCCGACUGCACACCCCCAUGUACUUCUUCCUCUCCCACCUGGCUGUUGUUGACAUAGCCUAUGCCUCAAAUAAUGUCCCAAAGAUGCUGGCGAACCUUCUGAACAAGGAAAAAACGAUCUCCUUUGUCCCAUGCAUAAUGCAGACCUUUUUAUACAUGGCUUUUGCUCACACUGAGUGUCUCGUCUUAGUAAUGAUGUCUUAUGAUCGAUACGUGGCGAUUUGCCACCCCCUACGUUACACUGUCAUCAUGAACUGGAGAGUAUGCACGGUUCAGGCUAUCAUUUCCUGGGCAUGUGGCUCCCUGCUGGCCCUGGUCCAUGUGGUUCUCAUCCUGAGGCUGCCCUUCUGCGGGCCUCAUGAAGUCAACCACUUCUUCUGUGAGAUCCUGUCUGUCCUCAAGCUGGCCUGCGCUGACACCUGGCUCAACCAAGUUGUCAUUUUUGCUGCUUCUGUGUUUAUCUUAGUCGGGCCCCUCUGCCUGGUUCUGGUGUCCUACACGCGCAUCCUGUUCGCCAUCCUGAGGAUCCAGUCCGGGGAGGGCCGCAGAAAGGCCUUCUCCACCUGCUCCUCCCACCUCUGCGUGGUGGGGCUCUUCUUUGGAAGCGCCAUUGUCAUGUACAUGGCCCCCAAAUCCCGCCACCCUGAGGAGCAGCAGAAGAUCCUUUCCUUGUUUUACAGCCUUUUCAACCCUAUGCUGAACCCGCUGAUCUACAGCCUGAGGAACACCGAUGUCAAGGGCGCCCUGAGGAGAGUGCUGUGGUUGGAGAGAUCAAUGUGAGGGAUGCCAGAGAUGGUCUUGACGGUGGAAGAGUUGUUUUCUAUGACAUUUGGGGUGAUGAUAAUACAAAUGCCUUACAAAAAUCUCGUGUAUAAGAUUUUCAAUAUUAAAACUAUAUAUUGAUCAGAUUCUGUCCCUAAGCAUGGGGUACUUCCAGACCACAAGGUGUAAGUG